AUGGACGACAAUUUUCGCAAAGCGAACUGGGCAGAGGAGUCCAUCAGUAUACUGGUGGAUCUUGUUACAGAUCCCGAGCGAUGGGCUGUAAUUCGCGGGAAAUUCAGCCCAUCGCUCACCGUCCAAAAGAAACAGCGGGUCUGGGAGGAAAUUGCUGAGAGAGUGAAUGCUACAUGUAGUUCUGCAUGUGUCAGAACAGUUAAAGACGUCAAGAAAAAAUGGCAGGACAUUCAGAGCCACACAAAGAAAAAGGAGGCCAACAGGAAAUCUGAGCUCAGAAAGACAGGCGGGGGACCAUCACCUCAAGGCCUGAAGUGUUGGGAGGAAAAGAUUGUGUCUAUCCUCUCCAAUGAUAUCAUCUCUGGUGUAGAGGGGGUUUUUGACUCAUUAGACACAGCAAGUUUGCCAACAGAUACUCAGCCAAGAAAAGCUCUACCAGUGUCAAAGAGAAGAUAUGAUGAUGUUGAAAUUGAGCCACAAGUGGGGAUGGAAGCACCAUUGUCUUCUGGUUUCUGUAUGUCAGGAAAGGCUUCAAGGAGAUUAAGUUCAAACGAAGAAGAAGAUCUUCAGUCCACUAUGGUAUGCGAAAGUAUACCAACAACUGCAUCAAUUUCACUCCAACAGAGAAUAGUACAGAUUGAGGAGGAAAAGUUGGAAGUCAUGAGAUGCAAUUUGCAAGUUGAAAAGCGCAAGCUGGAGCUCCUUGAGCAGUAUGUCCAUUGGAGGAUGGAGUCAAGGGCAGACAGUACACCAUCAGUGUCGCCAGUCAUAAGAGGACUUUUCACAUCUUGAUUUUAAAUAUUAAAACCAUAAAUGUCUGCCAUAUUUUAAAUUUUAAGUAUAUAUUCAUAAUUGGGUGGGUGUAAAUACAACAUUUACAAUGUGGUCUUAUCUUAGCAUUGAAUGCAUAUUUUUGGAUAUCAUCGAAUCUAUAUAACACACCAGGCUAUGCUGACAAAUUGA